AUGGACAAUUUUAUCCAGCACGCUGUUAAAGCUGUUCUAGUGCUCCUACGGCCAUUUGCCAUUGAAGAUGCGAUGCAACUGUGUGUUGAGGCCAAGGCCGCCCACUGGCACUCACCGCAGUGGCAUAAGCACCAUCACAUUUUGCAGCGCAAGCUAGCCAUGAUUCGUGGUGGUUUGGGCGGAAGGCAGGAUGCAAGUGGACCAAUCCAGACGAAAGUGGAGUUUCCAUGCUGGGCAGGAACAGUGGAGACGGCAAUAUCAGUAGGCCGACUUGCUGCGAAAACACCGCAAGCAUUUGGAUCGGCUGGAUCGCAAAAGGAGAAUGCAGCAGGUAAUAAAGUUGAUCCUGCAUGUAAUGACCUAUUGAAAGCAUGGACGAUUUUGGAUCCACAAUUGCCACAAGUUGUUCGGAGCGCACUUUUUAGCGGGGGAUCACCAGAAGAUGUUGAUGACCAGAUUUACACGCUACAAAAGUCUCUCGAGCCUCCUCGAAGUGCUGGGGAAAACGAGCACUUUGCCGGCUACUUAGUUGCCAAGGCAGCCCUUGCACAACGUUAUUUCCCCUUGGCUAGAGUUAUGACGAAAGCGUUGGAAAGGUGGCAGGCUGGCACCACGAGCGUCACUGUGCUACAGCGGAUGUUGGAGACCGAGACAGAGCUGCGCCUGCGUGAAUUUCUCUGUGAGCUCGGCCAUCAGGAAGGUACAGGCUUUUCUCCUCCAACUGACUUUUCUUUGCUCUCUGCCUCGGCUCGCGAGCCAUGCCCAAUCCCGGAUCUUCGAGUGCAAGCCGUCCGUCGCCUGGACGAAUGCCUUACUGCUCUCGCUCAUGUUAGUGAGAAUGGAGAUCUGGUGGAAAUUUGUGUUGCUACCAUGUGGAACAUCGCAAGGCCGUGCCUAGGUCCAGACACGCGGCGCCACAUUUAUAGAAGCCUGCAGAAGGCUAGUAAUGCACUGGAUCGUUGUCAAUCAAGCCACAUGUCACUUCGAGUGCACCUUUUCCAUCAACUGGCACAGUGCGAAGUUGAAGAGGAACUUUUUAAGGCAGCGCAAGCAACUGUAAACAGGGCGCUGAAAAUCGAACGCAGCUAUUGUCCUGUUGUCUACCACGGAAGUGAACUAGCAUCAGCCAGUCAACCUGCUACAAGUGUGGUAGAUAAUCCAGUUUUGGCAACUACUUGCGCUCUCGAAAGCGACUCAAGCCUCACGCAGCUGGCGAACUCGCGGCCGCUAAGUUUAUCGUUAGAAAGAAUGGCCCAGGCAGUCAGCCAACUAACUGUGGCAGUGGGACACUCUAGUCCUUUGGAACAGAUUCAGAACAUAGCGUUUGGCGGCAGGCACGAUCAACCAAUUGGCGAGAUAAUUGAAAUUGCAGAAGACCUUCGCCGAAGAGCACUUCACCUGCUGGCUGACGAAGAGAGCAAAAGCUGUAGCCGCCAGCUUCGGGUGGAGCCACACAACAUAAACAAGCGAGCGGCCGGUUCAUCACAACAAGCUAGGGCUUCUGUUCAUGCAAAAAGAAUGCUCUCCGUGCAAGGGGAAAGCAUGGUUAAAAAGAUAAUAGCAUCAUACGGUCAUUUAGUCGACCGCGCGCAAGAAGUUGGGGAUGAUCGAGCCACAGAGAGAGCUGCAACUGUGCUUCUCUCUAUGGUCCAUGGAACUGAAAAGUGCUUGGAUCCAACAGCGCUCAAUUUCGAUUCGCACGAAACGAUGGCUCCCGUGGACGUGCGCGUACGGCUUACGCCGCCGCUCGAAACUGAAAUGGCUGUGAACAUCAUCGAGGCUGCCUACGCUCUGGCGCUAUGCUGCAGCAAGCUGAAGGCAUCAAGCAGCUCCGGGAAUGCGGAAUCUGGUGCCAAUGGGCCAGCAUUUGAGGAGAGCGAUAAUUUAUUAGAAGAGCCUCCCCUGCUGUCCAAGGAAAGCGGCAGUGGCAGUGCUUCAGUCAUAAAGCCAGGCGAUAAUGUGCUUUCGGAGGAGCAAAGAGUCCACAAUCUACUUUUGUUUGGGGCGAGGCUCAGGCACUUCAAGACUUUGGAUUGGUUCAAGAGUUCUGCUCAAAGGUUCCACUAUGGCACACCUCGAGCAGGCGAAAGAUUUUCGAAGGCAAUUUUGGAAAAAGAAGCUUCAACCAAGGAACAACUAUUAUUGCAGUGUGGGGAUUUGCUGUGGUCUGCCGCCACUACCAUGGCUGCACCCACUUCUGCGGGGCCAGCCGAAUCGGUUGAAUUGCUGAAGACGGAGCUGUGGACUCGCCUUGCAGCUGCAUCGCUCUCUGUAAAUUGCACAACCGUCCAAGGUCUAUCAGUAGCUUACGCCUUCCAAGCGCUGGGGGGAAAGUGUUGUGCAGUGCCGUACAAAAUUCCUUCCAGUGUAAGCUAUCAACUGCAACUCUGGAGGGGCGUGGCACAUGUUCUGGCCGGUUUAGCUCUUCUUGCUACAGACUUUACGACGGAAGGAAACAUGUGGGCAAUACGCCACCUGCUUCAGGCUUGUGAAUACGGGAAAGAGGCUAAUUGCGUGUCCUUGCUUCUUUUUGCCGCAAAGGCACUGUGGAAUGCGGCCGCACCAGUAUUGGGCGACGAGCGUAAUGGGGAACACGCGUAUUUGGCAGUAAAAGCCGCUCUAUACACUAUCCCCACCAGUUAUCGUCCUGUUGCGACAACUUUGAUAACUCGCAUGUGCAUGGGACUCCUUUGGUCCCUGCCUUAUGCCAGGAAGUGGGAUGAACUCUUCCGCACCGCCGAAGCUGCCGUGCUGCUGGUGCCCAAAGUGCUGCACACAGCCCUAAUGAAAUUGCAGAUCCUCGCUCUGACCCGCACAGAAAUGCCUGAUUUGUUCCCUGCAGUAUGCAGUCUGGCAAGAAGCGAACCUUCGAGCGAGGCUGACUUGUUACUGUGCUUUGCUCGACUUGCUCAAAAAACCUCUGGAGUUACCUCCAUGGUAAUGGAAGCUUACGAAGGGGCUCUCAAUUUGUUUGAAAACGAUAAGGACCCCCACGGAAUCGUUGUCCACUUGGAACUUGCAGAGUGGCUUCUUAGCAUGCGACGCUCCUGGGCAAAGGCCAGUUCCCAUAUUCGUGCGGCGUUGGAUCUGCUUAAGAGAGUGGAAUGCCGACAAGAAUGUUGGUUACCACGGGACAACCAAGGGGCAGACUCUGACGCUCAAACAGAUGCAGCAGCAUCCUCAACAGGCUUUAUGAGCCUAAGUGGCACUGUAAUUAGGCUUGACCAAUUGCUUCUACUGCAAGCACAGGCUCUCAAGCUUUUCUAUUCUCCCGACACAUCAGAGACUGCCGAUGCGAUGCGACAAAUUGUCAACCUCUCUUCUGAAAUGCUUGAGCCAUCUACUCGCAGCCCCUCAGAAAAGGCUAGUGGGCAAGAUGGAAUUAUUGGAGGGGAGGAAAACGGUACCGUCGGGUCUCCUAAAGACCACGCAGAACUUGAUCCUUGGGCGUCCACAAGCCUAUACGAGCCAAUUCGUCUCGGGCGUUUCGGUUCACGCGGGAACUGCUCAACUGCUGCAGAAGGCUCAUGGAUAAAGAGGGCCGAAAGAGGGCAAUCGGGAGAUAAAGGAGACCUGGCAUCUCUCCUGAAAUCUCGAGCGCACAGGAAUGCGGGGACUAUCCGGGAUACCUUGCUGUGGUCCACCAGCCUCACUUUAGCAUUCCGCCUUCUGAGUAAAACUGAGGCCCACCUAUUUGAGCUUGGAUUGGAAGCAUGGGCCCUCCGGCUCACGAGACUACGAGCGGGCGUUACAGAGGCAUUCCUUUUGUUGUCCCUACAGUCAAAUAGUUCCACAUCUUGUGUUAGUGGGACUGGGAGCGUGCACCCAGCGGUGUCGCUUCUCGAAGCUUCGUUCAACAUCCAGGUCUUCAGAGGAGCUGUUGCGUGCCGCUUUUUAGAUGAGGCGCACAAACUACAACCGUUUUUCUCUCCGUCGGCCCUUCGUGGGUGGGUAGCAGCCCUCAGCCCGGCAACCGAAGCAGGUGAAGGCUUUUCAACAGCUAUGGGCCGGCAAGCUUGUUGCUUCUCCGUUGUAACCCUUCACCGUACAUGCUGCCUCAUUUCCAUUGGGGAGUUGCUGAUCACUUUGGGAGAACAGUGCUUGCUCAUUGGGGAACUUGGCGUUAGCUCCCUGUUGGGGUCUGCAGCCUCACUGUACUUACCCAGCCCUCAGGUUUUGAAAGAGUGCAAUCCUAACAUAUAUGCGAGACAGAUAGCCAUGCUGGCGACCUCCCGUUUCCGACAAGGCGAUGUUGAUGGCUCGCUGCAACUGCUUGACACAGUUACAAAUUGGCCAAAUGCUCCUCAACUUGAGCUCCCAGUCGGCCUUGACGUUGCUGAAGCUCUGUGGGGGCUCGACCUGGAAGCAAAAGCAGUCCUAGACUUCGUUGCUCACGGCAAAAAAGACCUCGCUCAUCAAUCUGCCGUAGCAUGGGCUGAUAUGAUUGCCGUAGCUAGUGCCCAGUUGGUUAGCUUUCGCCAUCAACUUCAGCUGGUUACGCUUGAAUUUUGGAGAGCAGACAUACAUGAAGUGCUAGGCGACUCUCAACCAGCUUUUGCACGGACUAGUGGAAUUGUAACGUCGUCGGAAGUUGCCCACUCCAGCGACGCCGAAGCUUCUGCAGAUGAAAAGCGCCGUGUACUCCAACAGUGGCUGUAUGAAAGCCAGUGCGAAGACGCACUGUCGUCCUCGCAGAUGAAAUCUCAACAACAGUGUCUUGAAAACGCUGUUCAGGAACUUGAAGCCAUGCGAACCGUUGGCCUCUGCCGUCGGCAAGCUGACAAGAAAUAUAACUGCGGCGAAAUAUGGGGCAAGUCCCUGCUUGACGUCCAGUGGGCAUGCCAGUGUGCCAUGUUGAGGCAUCAACUGUCACUUCUACAAGCACGCCAAAGAAUAAUUGCACAGGGAAGAGAACUGCAAGGCCUGUGCCCCUGGAUACACGAUGCGACAGAGCACCCGGAGAACCGAGAGCUGUGGAUCGAAGAUAUCCGAAGCGCUGUUGCUCUAGCGGAUAAGACCCCAAAAGGGCAACAGAGAUCGUUGAACUACCUUUCUGGUGCAUUAACAAGGGACUCUCAAGAAGGCCGCCAUCAUUGUAUUGCAGCUCCUGAGCUAGAACAAACCUUCCUGUCCUGUAUUGUCAGUGGCCAUCUCACUGAGGCCACUUUCCUGGGAGAGGAACUAAUAAACAACGUGUUCGGAAAUGGGAAUUCAGAACAGCUGGACCGAGGGUUCGCUGCCAUCGCCACUUUGCAGGCAGCCCAAGUUGCUCAGGCCUCAAAGCUGCUGCAGCUGCAGUUUACGGAUCCUCAAAUGGCCGAAAGCGUUAUGACACAAGAGCUGAGAAUACUGGAGGACUACUGGAGAGAAGCAGGAGCCGUGCCCCAAACGCAAGUUAUCAGAAGGGUGCUCGAUUCCCGCAUCGGUUUCGUCCACAUGACAACCCUUGCCGAAUUGACGCCAUCAACUAUUCUAAAUUCUUGGCUACCGCGCAACUGUUGCGUUGUUUGCCUUCACUGCGCAAGGGGAUUUGUCUUUUUUGCGGCGGCUUGUCCGUCGAUUCAGUCAGAUGGGUCUCUGACAACGUGGCGCUACUUUUUGAAGCGGCGUGCACUUCCAGAAUGCUUACUACUCAAAAAUUGGAGUGUGUCUGCAACCGAGGAACCGUUAGAAAACGCAGCUACCCCCAACACUUCGUUUCCAUCAUAUUGCACUUACCCUCGCCAGGUACACGCUAUCCUCGGAGAUCUUUUUGACGCCCUCGCUGCACAGAUGCUAUACUGGUCUUUGACGUCAAUGCUUAACCAGGGACAACCAGCUACCCUUGGCGAGUCAAAGAGCCACCUCUUAUUACUGCCUGACAUUCGCUUGUCUCACUUCCCUUUUGAGCGAUUGCCGACCUUGAAGCGGCUCUUUGGACACCGUAUAAGUAGGGACUUCAGCUUGCAUAUGUUCGCACGCCGGAUGCAGCACCAUGAAUCAGCAUUUGCUUCUUCACAUCCCCGGAAAACAGUACCGGAAAUGCACACUGGAUUUGGCCGAGAGUCAAUGAUAUUGCUGCCGGAGUCGACAAUGUAUCCAAACCUCCAAAACAGGGUGGAAGGCGAGCUCCAGCCAGGGACAGAAGAAGCUCAGAUGGAUCUGCUCCCCGUUGAAGACGAAAAUCCACCAGCUACGGAUUUUGAAAGCCCCAGCGCUCUACCACCAAAGACCGUUAUAUCACCGCUUGUUGCACCUCCUAGCUGUCCCAACCGUGAUUGGCGUCGUGCUGUUGUUGCAGAGUUAGCGGCAAUCAAAAAGUCUGCAACUGGGGAUGCAUGCCCUGGACUUCCCCCAUGCACUAGCUUUGUUCCCGAGCUUCUCUGCUCCAAAUCACCUCAGGUUGCCUGGAUUCCGUCUCUGGACCGCAUGGUGCAGAGAUGUCAAGACCUUAAUUAUGUGUUUGCUGGGAUGAAUUUGGGACAUAUUUCUCUGCUUGGCCUGGUCCCCAUGGGACGGGAACAGCCACAACUCGAACAUGGUACAGACGUUUGCCGCUUCCCAGAAUUUACCCAUUAUUGCCAAGAACAGAGAGUUCUGGGGCUUUCAAAGGGAGCCGAAACUAUUCUCAUGCUCAGCAUAAGAGGAGUAGGGACGGUUGUUGCCGUUGACGCAAUUCUAACUGAUGAGCAGGAGGCGGACCUAACAAAGCGAUUUUUAGCCGAGGUUGCAGGUUCUCAGGUGCAAAUUUGCUCUGCUCUGGAGUCACUUUCCGGGUCAUCCGUGGAAGGGGGAAGAGCGCGCUUAUCCACAAAACGCCACCCACAACACAAAAUAGAACCAUCAGAAAAUGAACGCUUUAGUUCUGAACUUCCUGAAUACAGGUUCGGAACAGAAAAUUCAGAAAAGGAAGGUUUGGCGGGAGGCAUCCGAAUCUAUGGGCUUCCGUGGAUCGGUCGCUUAGCAUCCCAAAAGAAUGCCGUAAAGGCGGAACUCCAGAAGGCUCCCUCGCAGCGCGGUCGGAAAUAA